AGACCCCGAACAUAACGCCCUCGGAAGCGCCAGUUAUCGGGGCUGGUGCCGGUUAUUCGCGUGUGGAGAGCGGAAAAAAGGAGUAAAAGCAAAACACGUGACACAUACAAAAAUAAAAAAUCUGCACACGUGCGUAGGAUGAGGGCUUGAAUUGACUAACCCUCACACAAAACACAGUCCCGGCCGGAAUUUUUUUAUUCUCGCUCUGGCGGGUUGGAGAGUGGCCACCGCUUGGGGGGCCGGUAGGGGGACUCAGGGAGGUUCACGCAGGAGCGAGUCUCUGGCAAUGCACCGAUAUUUUCAAUAUUACAAUUUGAUCAGAAAGAGCAGACACACGUCGGUCAGAAGAGAGUACAGAUAUACUACAGAAAUAUCUCCAAAGACAUCAGUAAACUUCAAAAAUGGGUAGAGUUAGAACAAAGACCGUCAAGAGAGCCUCCAAGGUUUUAAUCGAAAAAUACUAUCCAAAGUUAACUUUGGAUUUCGAAACCAACAAGAGAUUGACUUCUGAAAUUGCAGAAAUCCAAUCCAAGAGACUCAGAAACAAGAUUGCUGGUUACACCACCCACUUAAUGAAGAGAAUUCAAAAGGGUCCAGUCAGAGGUAUCUCUUUCAAAUUACAAGAAGAAGAAAGAGAAAGAAAGGAUCAAUAUGUUCCAUCUGUUUCUGCUUUAGACUUAGAAAAGACCAAGGGUGCUUUAUAUGUUGACGAAGACACUGAUGCUAUGAUCAAGUCUUUAGGUUUCAAGGUUCCAACUAACAUCACCAAUGUCUACGCUGGUGGUGCUCAAAGAAGAUUCAGAAAGUAAGGAAGCUGUGUAUCGUAACAAACCUCUUCUCUCUGUUUAAAUAAGUAUUAAUAAAAUUUUACUCAUCAAUUAAAAGGUCCGAUAAGCGUAGUAUAGUAGUUGUUCACAAUUCUGGUAUCACAAAUCUAAACAAAUAAACUCUAUAUAAACACAUGAUUCUAAUCAGCAAAGC